AUGCGCUGGUUCUCACACAGGGAGGCUGUUGCUGCUGCCAGUGUGCUUAGUCUCGCGACGCAGUCGCAAGUCGCGGUGGCAGAGUCUGCCAAUGGAAAUGCGGUCGUGGCCAAUGGCACAUCCUUCGCCCUCAACGGAGACAACGUCUCCUACAUCUUCCACAUCGACCCCGUCACGGGAGACCUCAUCUCGGACCACUUCGGUGGCAGUGUGACGGGCGCCAUCCCCGCAGCUGCAGAGCCGAUCGUGAACGGUUGGGUCGGCAGGCCCGGACGCAUCCGUCGCGAGUUCCCCGACCAGGGACGGGGCGACUUCCGCAUCCCCGCUGUGCGAAUCCGCCAAUCGGCGGGCUACACCAUCUCGGACCUGCAGUAUCAGUCACACACGAUCGUACAGGGGAAGCCUGGACUGCCUGGCCUGCCCGCGACGUUUGGAAGUGAGGAAGAUGUGACGACGCUGGUGGUGCACUUGCAUGACAAUUAUAGCUCUGUCGGGGCGGAUCUGUCCUACUCCAUCUUUCCCAAAUACGACGCCAUCGUGCGCAGCGUUAACAUCACCAACCACGGCGAGGAGAACAUCACCAUAGAGGCCUUAUCAAGUCUGAGUGUGGAUCUUCCUUACGAAGAAUUGGAGAUGAUCUACCUGCGCGGUGACUGGGCGCGCGAGGCACAUCGUGAGAGACGCAAGGUUGAGUAUGGGCUGCAGGGUUUCGGGAGCAGCACAGGCUUCUCCUCCCACCUGCACAAUCCCUUCUUGUCCCUGGUGCACCCGAGCACCACCGAGUCGCAAGGCGAAGCAUGGGGCUUCUCUCUCAUUUACACCGGCUCUUUUUCCGUCGACGUCGAGAAAGGAUCGCAGGGCUUCACGCGCGCGUUGCUGGGCUUGAAUCCGUCUCAGUUGUCAUGGACCCUCCGGCCAGGCGAGACCCUGACCUCUCCCGAAUGCGUGUCCGUGUAUUCCGCCACCGGCAUCGGUGGCAUGUCGCGGUCCCUGCACAGACUGUACCGGAAGCACCUGAUCAAGAGCAAGUUCGCGACGAGUGACCGUCCAGCCCUCCUGAACAGCUGGGAGGGACUCGGCGCCAGCAUCAACGCCAGCAAUGUCUACAAGCUCGCCGAGGAGUCCGCCGCGCUCGGCAUCAAGCUUUUCGCCAUGGACGACGGCUGGUUCGGAAAUGAGUACCCGCGCAAUGACGACACGGCCGGUCUGGGUGACUGGCAGGUGAACCGGGCCAAAUUCCCCGACGGUCUCGGGCCACUGGUCAACAACGUCACGGCGCUCAAGGCAGCGAACACCUCAACACCGCUGCGCUUUGGGAUCUGGGUGGAGCCUGAGAUGGUCAAUCCCAACUCGACGCUGUACCAUAAGCACCCCGACUGGGCAUUGCAUGCGGGAGACUACCCGCGCACUCUGCACCGCAACCAGCUGGUCCUGAAUGUGGCCCUGCCCGAGGUGCAGGAGUUUAUCAUCGACAGCAUGACUCGUCUGCUGAAGAGCGCGGACAUCUCGUAUGUCAAGUGGGACCACAAUCGGGGCAUGCACGAAGCGCCAUCUCCCAGUACCGACCACGCCUACAUGCUGGGCCUGUACCACGUCUUCGAGACGCUGACGAGCCGGUUCCCAGAUGUGCUGUGGGAGGGAUGUGCGAGUGGCGGCGGCCGGUUCGACCCGGGUGUUCUGCAGUAUUUCCCGCAGAUCUGGACAUCAGAUGAUACAGACGGAGCGGAGCGAGUGGCUAUCCAAAUGGGGACGUCGCUGGCCUACCCACCCAGCGCGAUGGGCGCGCAUAUCUCGGCCGUUCCCAACCAGCAGUCCCUGCGCAGUGUGCCCGUCUCGUUCCGCGGCCACGUCGCCAUGAUGGGCGGGUCGUUCGGACUCGAACUCAACCCAGACGAACUACACGAGGACGAGAAGACCGUGCUGCCUGGUUUAAUCCAACUGGCCGAGAAGGUCAAUCCAAUCGUGUUGGAGGGCGACAUGUGGCGCCUCGCGCUGCCGGAGGAAUCUAACUGGCCGGCUGUGUUGUUCAUCUCGGGCGAUGGGACACGGGCCGUGCUCUUCGCGUUCCAAAUGCGUGCUAACAUUGAUAACUCGUCACCGUGGGUGCGGCUGGAGGGACUGGAUGCGAAGGCGGAGUACCGCGUGGAUGGGGGGAGUGUGUACACGGGGCAGACGCUGAUGAACAUGGGUUUGCAGUUUGUGUUUGAGGGCGAUUAUGAAAGUCGGGUAGUGAUGCUGGAGCGUGUCUAA